AUGACAUUUCUUGCUUUUGGUAAUCAUACUGUUCGCAGUUUAAUAAAUUCUCCAUAUUUCCAAUUAAAAAAAAUUCUGCUUUUGGCUGAUAAAUACAAAAACGAUAGAGAACUACUUAAAUUGCUAGAGACCAAAAAAAUCACUUAUCAAUUGCUAGAAAAAAAUGAUUUCUCUCGUUAUAGUUUUGAUAAAAAAAAUCAAGGUAUUGUUGCUUUUAUCAAAGAAUACGAUUAUAUUACGCUAAAUUCUCUGCUAAAACAAAAUUUAAAUCACCAAUUUCCUUUAUUGGCUAUGCUUGACAGCAUUGAAGACCCUCAUAAUUUCGGAGCAAUUUUGCGAACUUGUGCGGCAUUAAAAAUAGACGGAGUAAUUAUUGCUAAGAAAAACCAAGUACCAGUAAAUAGCACAGUGAUUAAGGUUUCCAUGGGCGGUGUGGCUUAUGUUCCUGUUUGUCAAGUGAAUAAUUUGCUAGAAGCCAUUAAUGAAUUAAAAAAAGCCAAUUAUCAAAUUAUUUCAACAGUCUGCCAACCAGAAGCCCAAAAAUAUAACCAAGUAGGAUUUAAUGCCCCUAUUUGCUUAGUUUUCGGCAAUGAACACCAAGGAAUUAAGCAAAAAAUCAUUCAAAAAAGUGAUAACACUCUUUAUAUCCCAAUGAGUAAUAACAUUAGUUCUCUAAAUGUUUCAGUUAGUUGCGGAAUUAUUUUAGCACAAAUAAUCAAUCAGAGAGAGGAAAAGAAAAAAUUAGAAAAAUAA